AAUGAAGGGAAGCUCAUAGAAGAAUAAAAUCUUAGAGCAAAUUCAAAAAUAAAGACGUUCUUAAUCUAGAUAGAAUGAUUCUAAAAUAAAUUCCUUGCAUUUCUAAGGUAUUUAGAUUCAGGAGUUUAACAAGGAGAUCGAUGAGUAUUUAAAAACAUUUUCAAAUUUAUGUAUUGCUUUAUAAUAUGGAUAGAAUAAUUGGGAUUUUAGAGAUGUAGACUUCAAUCCCUAAAUAAUCUCUCUGAAUAUAAAAAUAUUAAUUCAUUGAAUUUAGAAGAAAAUGCUUUAGAUGAUGGAAGCAUCAAAUUAAUAGUUUAAAAAUUUCCAUCUUUAACAUUUUUGAAUUUGAAGAAAAAUUAAAUCAAAGAUUUCGAUGUAUGACACUUCCAUUAUUCACUAGGAAAUUGAGUAAUUAAAAUAACUUGACCAAUUAACACAUCUAUUUCUAGAUAAAAAUCCGGUUUGUGAUGAAGAUAAUUUUACAACUAAAAUUUGGGAAAUGCUACCAAAAUUAAAAGCAUUGGAUGGAAAAGACAAGAAAGGAAAGAUUUUUAAGGAAAAAACUGAAACUUAUGAAGAUGAUGAUGAGGAUGAAGAAGAAGAUGAAGAGGAAGUAUUAUUAAAUAAAAUAAUUUUAGAUAGAUGAUGAUGAUGAUGACAGUUUCUCUAUAUCUGAUGAUGAAGAAGAUGAAGAAUAUAGUGAAUUAGAAGAAAGUGAAUCAGAAAGUAAUAAAAAGAAAAAGAAAGUUAAAAAAUGA